UAGCUAAAGUUGGUAUCUGUUUACUGAAUAUUUCCCCUUUCAGUCUCAGUGGGGAGCAGGCUUGGCUACUAACUCUGUACUAGACGAUUCAAUUAUGUAUGAAAGUUUCAGAAACAAUGCCAAAUUGGACUGCAGAAACAUUAAAGGACAGCCAGAGCUUUGGAAGUUUUGGCACAUCUAGGGAAAAAAUAACACAUCCUUAUGAUUGUUGUUCACAACCAUUUGGGAAGCCUAAUCUCAGCUUUUAUCAGACAAUCACAAGACCGCUGAAGAAAUGUAAUAUUUUAUUUAAGAAUUUUCUUAAGGGACCCUCUCGGAUUUCCACCGUAGAAACAAGCCAGUCUCCAUCUCUGGAUGAGUGUAAAGCCAUAAUCAGAGAACUGGCCACCGAGCUACAUCGGAUAUCAAAGUAUCAAGAUAAUUUCAGCACCAGCCACGAGGAUGGCUACAGCCUGGCAGAGUGUCAACAGUUCAUCCUACAAUGGGCGGAGGAGUUGAGCAUCUUACCAAAGAUAUCCGUGGGGCAAAGUAGGAGCUCACCAAAGCCCCUGCGUUCCUGCUGGGAGGACUAUGAGGUAGAGGAGAGAACAUCUCCAAAAGAGGCUGAGAGAAGACUGUCAAAAGCUCAACACAUCGUCUCAGAAUGGGCUGCAGGACUGCAAUCACGAAAACAGGACUCAGUGUGUCCAGGAGAGGAUGUGUGUUCAGUCCUGCAGGAUCUGGAGGGACAGUGGAAGAGAGGGAAACUACCCAACAUGCUCCCUGUCAUGGACUUCAUCAUCUGGACGGUGUUACAGGAACAACCUCAAGAGGGUUCCAUCCCAGAGCUGUGGCUCAAAUCCAAGCAGAGGUUCAAACACUCAGCCUUCACCACAGUGAUUCCUAAACCAGUAUGGGACUGGAUAAGCAAAGCAUCAGUUGACAUCCUCUUGGACCCUGAAUCAGCCAAUCCAGAUUUCAUAGUGUCCAACAAUCAGAAACGUGUGAGAGUGGGCAAAAUAAUAGAGAGUGAACAUGAUCCUAGAGACGGAUACCGUCACUGCCUCGCAUCUCCCAAGUAUGACGGGUGGUGGUGUGCACUGGGAACACAGGGCUUUACCAAGGGUAGGCAUUACUGGGAGGUGGGGGUGGACGGGAAGACAGACUGGAGGAUAGGGAUAGCUAGGGAGUCUGCACCAAGAAAAGGCUUCAUUGAACUGAACACAUCAACAGGUUACUGGACACUUCGGAUGCAGGUCAGUGGGCUGAAGGCUCUAACUGUUCCGGCUGUUGAUAUCAAGAUUCCAGAACAUCUCAAGAAGAUUGGGGUCUACCUUGACAUUGAGGAGGGGCAGCUCUCCUUUUAUGACACUGUAAGAAGCAGCCAUAUCUACACCUUCAAUGACACGUUUUCUGAACAGGUUUAUCCAGUCUUUGGCACAGUAGAGACAGACAGAGACCUUAUCAUACUGUAGUACACAGCUAAAUAGAAAAGAAAAGUCACAGAAGUUUUUGAGGAUGUCUCAUGACUAAGAACCACCCUAGACCACUCUAGACAACCGUAGACCACCCUAGACCACCCUAGACCACCCUAGACAACCGUAGACAACCGUAGACGACCACCCUAGACCACCCUAGACCACCUUAUACCACCGUAUACCACCCUAGACAACCGUAGACCACCCUAUACCACCCUAGACAACCGUAGACCACCGUAGACAACCGUAGACCACCGUAGACCACCGUAGACCACCCUAGACCACCCUAGACAACCGUAGACCACCCUAGACCACCCUAGACCACCCUAGACAACCGUAGACAACCGUAGACGACCACCCUAGACCACCCUAGACCACCUUAUACCACCGUAUACCACCCUAGACAACCGUAGACCACCCUAUACCACCCUAGACAACCGUAGACCACCGUAGACAACCGUAGACAACCGUAGACCACCGUAGACCACCCUAGACCACCCUAGACAACCGUAGACCACCCUAUACCACCCUAGACCACCCUAGACAACCAUAGACCACCAGAGACCACAGGCCAUCAUGUGAUGACAUCCCCAUAUUUUUAACAUUGACAUUUUGGGGAAAUUACUCUGCCCACGAUGGCACCAAUUAUGCCAACCAAAAAACACAGCUAAUUCCAUACAUGGCAUGGUGUAUAUAAUAUUUUGUAACUUUGUUCUGUUCUCUUCCAUCACCAAAACACAGCUAAUUCCAUACAUGGCAUGGUGUAUAUAAUAUUUAGUAACUUUGUUCUUUUCUCUUCCAUCGCCAAAGCGCAGGUCGAUGGUAAUCCAUAAUGGUGACCAUUUAUUAUCCUUAAUCCAGUUAGAGUCUAUCUUUCUAAAGAGUGUCUGCAUUAUGAUUAAUGAAGCCAAUGUAUCUUUCUUUAUGUCUUGGGAAGCUUUACUUUGUGAAUUUUUAUGAUAAUGUGACAUUGAGGAAGUAUGAAAAAAUAAAAAUAAUUACUGUAG